GCUGAAACAGCCAGCUUUCAGAUGGGCCGCAAUGCAUGAAGCAUGGCACCCAUGGCACCAGCAGAUCGUCAUUGAAGGAGCAAAGGGAGCAGAUUCGCACAGCGAUUGCGCAAUGCCGCUGGCAGAUCGAGAGAGUGCAGCAAGAAUUGGCAUUCGCUCUAAAGCAGGAAGGCCUGGCACAGCAAAAGCUGAAGAAAGCAGAAGAGGCCUUCCACAAGCAACUUUCAUCUAUCAGUCCGCCACCCAGCAGACACAACAACACGAAGGGCCUUGUGGCUUCUCUGCAAGUGCUACGUCGCCAAUGCGAUGACUUGGAGCGUUCCCUCUCCUUCGACCUUUUUGAGCGUUGGCGAAGACGGGUGGACUGGGAGCUGCAUGCUGGAGGAUACGUGGAGCAGGCUAACUCAAUUGGACCACUUGGUCCAGACCAGGGGUGGGCGCCCGCCUUGGAGCUACGAAUGAAGAUCUCCUCCACCAAGAAGGCCCACGAGCGCAUGGCCGCUUUGGAGCGAGAACUCUUGGAGGCUCAGCGACGACUCUUGCAGCUGCGAAGCCGUACUUGUGGCAUACCGCAAGAGACGAGGGAUUUGCACAGCCAGCUCGCUGAAGAGAGGAGGCA